AUGGCGUCUACGGCUUUUCUAUCCAGUUUCUCGCCAUCGUCGUCUCUGCAACUCUGUUCUUCCUUCAACGGCGACUACUUAGCGCCAUCGAGGUGCUUUAUCGGAGCUCCGGUCACUACUACUUCUUCUUUAUCACUCUCCGGUAAGACCAAUUCAUAUUCUCCUAAAAAAUUUCAAGUUUCUGCCAAGAAAGUUUCUGGAUUGGAGGAAGCCAUUAGAAUCAGAAGGAUGAGAGAGCUUGAAACUAAAUCAAAAGUCAGAAGAAAUCCACCACUAAGACGAGGAAGAGUAUCACCUCGUCUUCUUGUUCCCGACCACAUACCAAGACCUCCGUAUGUUGAAUCCGGCGUGUUACCAGAUAUAUCAAGUGAAUUCCAGAUUCCUGACUCUGAGGGCCUUGUGAAAAUGAAAGCUGCUUGCGAGCUCGCUGCUCGUGUUCUAAACUUUGCAGGAACUUUGGUUAAACCAUCUGUAACGACUAAUGAGAUCGACAAAGCGGUGCACGAUAUGAUCAUUGAAGCUGGUGCUUAUCCUUCACCUCUUGGAUAUGGUGGAUUCCCUAAAAGUGUUUGUACAUCUGUUAAUGAGUGUAUGUGUCAUGGCAUACCAGAUUCUCGCCAGCUUCAGAAUGGUGAUAUUAUAAACAUUGAUGUCACGGUUUACUUGGAUGGUUACCAUGGAGAUACGUUGAGAACUUUCUUCUGUGGAGAUGUGGAUGAAGGUUUUAAGAAACUUGUGAAGGUUACGGAAGAAUGCUUGGAGAAAGGUAUAGCUGUAUGUAAAGAUGGAGCAAGCUUCAAGAAAGUCGGCAAGAGAAUCAGUGAGCAUGCGGAGAAGUUUGGCUACAACGUUGUGGAACGCUUUGUAGGGCAUGGUGUUGGGCCAGUGUUCCACUCCGAACCACUUAUAUAUCAUCACCGAAAUGAUGAGCCUGGACUUAUGGUUGAAGGACAAACUUUCACAAUCGAACCGAUUCUGACGAUAGGAACGACGGAAUGUGUAACAUGGCCAGACAACUGGACGACUCUGACAGCUGAUGGUGGUGUCGCUGCACAGUGUGAGCAUACGAUUUUGAUUACUAGAACUGGUUCUGAGAUUCUUACCAUUUGCUGA